AUGGAUCAAUUAAAAACUAUGCAAACAGUACUCGUACUUACUGUGUAUCCUGAUAAAAUAAAUAAAAAUUUACGAAAUAAUGAUAUUGAUAAUAAAUUAUGGGCUGAUUUGACUAUUAAAUUGUUGCUUGCUUAUUUAUUUGAGAAUUUUUCUAAUUAUCAUAAAAAUAAAGAAAAAUUCUAUGCAAGUGCUGCUUUGCAUAUCGGUGGCAAGUCAAGUGCACAGGUCCAUGGAAAACUGCAAAAAUUGGUUAAAAAAUAUUCUGAAGAAAGUAAAGAAAAAACAGGCAAAGAAGCUUCAAAAUGGCCCUAUUACUUUUUAAUGAAUGAGAUUUUUGGUAAUCGUGAGAAUGUUCAUCCUGAAUGUUUAAUUGAUAAAGAAGAUGGUUCAAUGAAAGAAAAAAAAAAUUUGAGUGAAGAUGAUUUAUCAUAUAUCAAGUCUGUAGAAACUAUUAGUGAAAGUAAGAAAAUAUCAGCUGAAAGCAGAAAGAAGUGGAUUGAUGAACAUUCUACAAUUGAACGUGAAAAAUUUAAUUUUGAAAAAAAAUUUAGAAAAUUAGAAUAUGAACUGAAAAAAAAAGAAGUUGAAGCUCGAAUUAAGGUUGAAAAUGAAAAAUUAGAUUUAGAAAAACAAAUGAAAAUUAAUUUUGAACUAAAAUUAAAGAAAUUAGAAAUGAAACUAAAAGAAUUAGAAAUGAAACAUAAGUAUAGUGAGUCUAAUAAUAAAAUUUUCUAA